CGGGACUGCUAACUGCCCCGAACCUUCAAAACAAAGGAAUAUAAUUUUACUAUGGCAAAAAGUUAGAAAUAACCAUUUUUUUCUCUUUUUUUAAUUUUAUCUCUUGAAAAUAUUUCAUUUAGGAAUUCUUUUAAAAUUUAGAAUAAUGCUACAAUGCGGCUGAGAAGGAGAACCUUGACAAGUCAAAGGAACAUGUACAUUCGAGUAUUGCUGAUAUGCCUCUGUGUCCUUUGUAAAGUCAAGUGCUCCUCCAACUACCUCGAAAACUGUAAGAACACGAAAAUCGAGGAGAAUGUCACGUUAAAGGGUGGUAUAGGAGCCGGGACAUUUCGAAAGCUUGGUAAAGUGACAAGCAUGGAGUCUUGUAUAGAACUUUGUUGCAAAACGUCGACUUGUGAUGUCGCGUUCCUCUCGGCGGCUAAAUGCUAUGGAGUUGAAUGCGUGAGUGAUGAGGAGUGCAAGGCUACAGCGACUGACACAUCAGAUAUUAAGGUCCUCAUAGCACACGUGCGAACGGGCCAUAAAAAAGAUAAUACCUCGCUUGCUUUCAUCACUCCGAAUUUCACAUCGAACGUGAAACCGCAUCCGAACGGAUUUCUGGGCCCAAAUCAGGGGCUAUCUACCAACACCCCAAAGGGCCUCAUAGCCCAGGGACAAAAAUCAUUAAACAAUGUAAACCCCUCAAUGGCUGGACAAUGUCAGCCGGGGAAAGUAUUCAAAGAAGUGACUUUAAAAGGCGGCAUCAACGCCGGCACAUACAAGGAUGUUGGCUCUGUGAAAAGCAUGGAGGAAUGUUCAAGUAAAUGUUGCGAGUUUGCGGCGUGUGAUUUAGCAUUUAUGCUUUCUAGUAGAUGUUAUCUUGUUGGAUGUUCGGAAGGCAAGAACUGUCAAAUACAAAAAGCAAAGCCUUCCCCCUAUCAUCCUUCUGUGACUUACAUUGAGCGAUGGAACAAGGAAGGUGUCAAACAUUCAGUUUUUCUGAGCGAUUCAGCUGAAACCAAAUUCACCUGCCCGGCAGUGAAGCCCUUAACCAAGGUCACACUCAAAGGAGGACUUAAAGCUGGUGAUUUUACAGACACCGGCAAAGUCGGAAGCAUUAAGGAAUGUUACGAGACAUGUUGUCAACAAAGCACGUGUAACCUGGCCUUUAUGCUGGGUCAAAACUGUUUUUCAGUCAAGUGUUACAAUAAAGACUUGUGCAGCACCAUUCCAGCGCAGCCUUCCAUUUUCAAUCCACAAAUUGCGUACGUUUGGAAUAGGAAUGAAAUGAAAAAUGAUUCACCGAAGAAUCAAAUACUGAAAGCACAAGUGGUUUGUCCAGCUGGAAAGGUUCAGGAAAGCGUCACCCUCGUUGGCGGAAUCACAUCUGGGUACUUUCGCGACCACGGCAAAGUCAAAGACAUGCAGAAAUGCCGCCGAAUUUGUUGCGAGAUGCCGCACUGUCAUCUCGCCUUCAUGCUCUCUUCCAAUUGCUUUUCAGUGGCGUGCAAGAGCGCCAGCGCCUGCAAGACGCAGCCGGCUAAUCCAUCAAGAUACAGUCCGAAGAUAUCGUACGUGAGGAAUUUUGACACUAAUCAGCUACUAGGACUUCCAAAGCCCGCCGAGCAGCAGACGAAAGAAACUAUCCCUGGCUUGGCGCAGACACCUCUGACACAACCUUCAAUGCCAGGACAGACACCUCAAAUUCCUGGACUAAACGCUCCAACUGCAGACGCAACGCAGACAGCUCAGUUUUCGCAGACACAAUUACAAGGACAGACACCGUUGCUAGGGCAGCCACAGCAGCAGCAGCCUUCACCACUCGUGCCACCCCCACUACCUCCGUCACCUUUUGGCUCGCAAUUGGGGCAGAAACCUAUGAUACCAAUGCCGGGACUCUCAGUCAGUGACAACGGCGCAGCUAUGCAAUUUCCAAUGCCUCCCUCGGCACCUGCAGAACAAGUAACACCCGUCGCACCAGUGACUUCGGGCGGAAAUCAGCCUAUUGCCAGUCAGCUUGAGACAAAGAAAACAGAAAUUCCGGCUGCUCAAAACGACCAAAGUCUUAAAAGCCAGAUAAAGUCAGCUGCAGCUGGGCAGGCCAUGACGAUGAAUAUCGUAAACGGAAAGAUUCAAUUAACACCCGUCGGAGGAUCGAAUAAGUCCGAAGAUUCUUCCGAGAAAACUUCGGAAAGUUCUCAAACUUCCGAGUCGAAAGGAGAUAAGAAGAGCGACUCGGGAAAGAAGGAAUGCGAAAAAGCGAAGGUGCUUAACAAUGUUACUCUCAAAGGUGGAAAGAAAGCUGGAAAGUUUAAUAACCACGGUGAUGUCAAAGGAAUGGAAGAAUGCCAGGAUAUCUGCUGCAAGGAUGACAAGUGUCACGUGGCCUUUAUGCUCGGCAAGACAUGUUACUCCGUUACUUGCAAGAAUGAAGAGCUCUGUGAACACACCAAAGCUCCACCAACGGACUUUAAUCCACAGCUUUCGUAUGUGAGGCCAAUGGAAACCUCUAGCAGAAAAGAGUCCAGUAAAGCUCCUACCAUCCCUCCAGAGCCAAAGGACCUCAAAUGCAAACACAGCAACAUCACAAAUGACAAGGACCUGCCGAACGGAGUCCAUAAAAACAACUUCACAAUCGUCAAAGACGCUAAUUCCAUGGCCAAGUGCAUGGAAAAAUGUUGCGACAGCAAGGACUGUGACUUGGCGUACAUGGUGGAGAGGAAGUGUUAUUCUGUGUCGUGUUCCAGCAAAGAGGAUUGCCGUCCUGUAUCGGUGAAGGCGUCCAAGAAAACACCUCUUAUUUCGGCCAUGGUGAUGAAAGUUGAACCUAAGGAAGAGACAGACUUGUCCGCGAUUGCCUCUCCGCCAGAAGAUUCCACAACUACAGAUUUUGCAUCCCAAGUAGGAAAUUGCAGGCUGGACAGUAGGAUCUCGAACGAUAUCAAACUCCGGGCAGAAAGUAUAGCCAGUAACUUCACAGAUAUGGGUAAAGCAGAAGAUAUCCACAGAUGUAUCGGACGCUGCUGCGCUCGGCCUUCAUGUGAUAUCGCUUAUUUACUGAAUGACAAAUGUUUCGCGGUUCAGUGCCUUGAUGGGGUCUUGUGCCAGACCAGCGCAGAACCUGCAUCGCCAGGGGCAAACGUCAAGUUGGCUUAUAUGAACAGGGGAGCAUCUGGACAGAAGGAAAAAGAUUGGAUGAUUGUGUACAUUAUCGUCGCUUCACUUGCGUUCGUGGCAGGAAUUGGUGGAGUAAUAUGGGCGGUGUGUAUUUGCACAAAAAGACAAAAACUUCGCAAACAAAGAAGAAUGUUGGAUGAUGAAGAAGACGACGAAAUGCUACCCAAACCUACUCAGACUAGAUACAGAACACCGAUGCCAAGAUACUGACGAUGAAAACUUCAUAACCGAGACAAUACGUGAGCUGCAUGUCCUCUUGACCAUUAGGGCACUUGGACAUCAUCACCGUCAGGGACUUGUAACACCUCUAACUUUUAACUUGUUUUAAUCGGGAGUUUCCGCAAUCUUCGGAACGUGAGUGAGUGAGAAAUAGAACCAAGUGAGGCCAAAAAGGAUAACAGUAGUGAAGAUGCAAACGAUACCAGUCAGCCUCCGAAGCUCACGAGAACAACAACAACAACAACAAAAAUCGAAAUAGGUCGGUCUUUGACCUCAGAUCCAAGCACACGUCCCUCACUGUGCAUGCUCUGUUGCAUGACCGCUGGCCACGAGGAAAGUAUGUUUUUGGAACGAGACUGAUGGACGCUUCGAAAGAAGACUUUUGUAAAGGAAAGCUUAGGUGGUCAAGCUAUCAUUUUUUAGAUUAUAUUUCUUUUAUCUUAAAGCUGCUUUACUUGGUGACUAAGAGCAAGAAUUUAUACUCAACAAAUAGUUAAUGUAUAUCUAUUGCGAGUUUGAUAAAAGACUUGUGAGUACAGCGCGGCUUGCAAUCGCGUACUAAGAAAACUUUGACUUAUUAAUUUUAAGUUAUAGUUACCAGCUGUGACAGAGCCCAUUGAGCUCGACCAAAACACGCAAAUUCCACUCAACUGUUUACCCGGCCACAUCCAUGACAAUACUGGGUGGUAAAACUCGUCAUUCUUUUAAUAAUUAUUUUAAAGGAGAAGGUCACUUCAAAAAGCUUACUCUUUUUGUCUUUGCCUAUGGAAAGUAAACAUUCAGCUUUUCCACUCACCGAAGUCUCAGCCUCUGAAGUGCCCGCUAUCCUGAAGAAAUUCGUCUCGAAAGAAGGGGCUGCCAUUUUGAAACUGUCUUGACAGCCAGGCCGUGUUCAUGUGACUCAUUCUGUCCGACUCAAAAUUGUUGGGAAGGAUUAAAACCUGCAAAUGACCUGGCAUCGUUCACAAGGUCAGCAAAUUUUUUUUUCCAAGCGAUCAUCCACUUCACUAUCUUCAAUGCUAUCAUUUCGGAGUUUGGGGCAUAUUUGGCUCAAAAUAAUGUGGUUAAAGAGCAGCCAUAACCCAGAGUGGUAAUUAAAAAGGCUCUUCGGAAGCCAUUUAGGCAAAAUCUCUCGGACGGAAUGACGUCACGAAAACGCGGCCUGUCUGCUGAGCACUGUUCAAAAUGGCGGCAGCGUUGUUCAAAUUUGGGCUUCUUUGGAGGCAAAUUUUCUAAGGAAAACCUGCACUUUAGAGCCUGAAACGUCGGCGAGUUGCUAAACUUAGAGCAAGGUUUUAUUAGCGUUGACAAAAAAUAUACGUUUUUUAGAGUGACCUUCUCCUUUAACCUAUACGUUUAAAACUAUGUACCGUAUUGGAAACAGAGGAUGAACCGAGAUUAUUUAGUAAUUAUCGACGUCAAGAAUUCAUGGUUAAUUAAACACAAGCGGCGUAUUUUAGUACUGGUUAGCACAAACAUAUUUUGUACUCACUUCUAUAUAUUUUACUUCAUGGAUGGUUCUUUGCUAUUAAAUUCAACUAUUUUGACGUGUUACUAAACUUGCAUCCAGGGAUCAUUUUCGUUUAUCCAUAAUCUGUGCCUAAAACUACAAGCUUUUUUUAACAAAAGAUGUACAGUUUGGCUUGAUACGGAUCUCGAUCACCGCAAGAAUGUAUUUUUUUGCCUUUAAACCAACAAAUAUAAUCUUAAAACGACUAUAGCAGGGACCAGAAGACGUCGUAUUUAUCGGAGGUGAAAUAUUGUUCUAGUGAGAAUGAUUUAUUGGACAAAGUCAGCACAAAAUGCAAAGAGAGGCUCCGCUUUUAGAUUUCUCUUGCAAAGGAAUACUGUGCCUUUUCAAGGCGACAAGCAAGACGUCACGAAAACAACUUCCACAAUUUAAAACUCUGGUAUAUAUCUGCUUACGGGAAAUUUGACUGUGUUUUAAGACAACAUGCUGUUUAGUUUUCCUUUGGCAACGAAUUGUUCUGUGUCAGUUCCUCAAAAUAUUUUAUAGUGUUUUAUUUUUUUGAAUAGGUGAUAAAGUGUAUUUAGUUAUUACUUACUUGCAAUCGUAGAAUAGCAAUUUAAUAAAUAUAUUUUAAAAUA